ACCUGCUACUUAUGUGGCCCACAACAACCUGUAACGGUCAGAUACACUGUAGGUUAUCUAUCGAACAGAGCUGUAAUAUUGCCACGUUGCUUCAACCCCACGUUUGCCAUUGGUAAAAGAGCACGCCAUCACUGGAUCUAAGCGGUAGCGUAUCCUUCAUAUCCGAGUGAUCAUGACCAUGUCUGACUUAAGAAGUUAACAUGUUUGCCACUUCAGUAGAAUACCUGGGCCUCCGUGUGCCCCAGCUCCUGCAAACAUAUAAGGAGGAGUUCGGCUCACAUGGUGUCAUCGGGCUCAACCUUUUCCUGAUUCUCCUCUUGCUCCUGUUCGGGGCUAUCCAUCUGCGUAAAAACGAUGAUGAUGUCUUCGGCGAGAUUCACCAAGAGCUGGUCAAUAUGUUCACAGAGGGAGUGCAGCUCAACUACAGAUACCUCCAACACCUGGAGGAACUGCUGGACAUGAAGAAGUUACAGAUAGACGACCUCACCUCUCAGGUGGACCUGGACUGCUGCUCUGCCUCUGAGUCGUGCUCUGACUCAUGCUACCCAAGAUCAUCUUCCAGAUCAUCUUCUAGAUCACAUUCUAGAUCUUCUAUACCCUCCAGAUCUAGUGACUGCAGCACAUGCCAAACCUGUAAGAAACGGCCUCCACCUGACAGGUUUAAAUACCUGAAAGGCUGUAGUCCAGAUAGUCAAGAUAGACCCUGCCCUCCGGUUAGUCCUAGCCCAGUGGGUAGUCCUAGCUCACAGGCCACACCCUGCCUCCAGCUACCAGGAGGUCGUGAUGAUGAGGACAGUUAUCAUGGCUCCACGUGCUCCUCCCAUAGCUCCUCCUGCAGCUCCUCUAGGUACGUGUCUCCUUCUGACUCCCCUCUGCCCCUGGAAUACCAGCCCAGCCCUCGUCAGCCUGCUGCUACUGGUUGGAGGCGAAACUGGACUCUGAUGGAGACCAAAGUGGACUCUGUGGCUAUUCCUGUGGCAGCUCCUUCUACUGUCACGUCCCCUGACGGCAAAGACAGAGCUGCUGACCUCACAGACCAUACAGACUGCUCCAAGACCACUCCAGACCGUGCAGACCAUUCCAAGACCACUCCAGACCGCUCCAAGACUCCGACUGUGAGACAGAUUCUGACGGUGAGACAGCUGUUUGAGGUAGUGCCGAGGAAAGCAGACCCACCCCUCCUGCACUGCUGGCACUGCAGACGCCUGGAACUCAACGUGACGCAGAAGGUCGCCCGCAAUCGCUGGAGGAUUGCCGUGCUGAUGAUCUCCAUCGUUAGGUGGCUGCUCGCCGAGAGGCUGAAGGGAGGAGGCACCACCAGCUCAACCUCCCCCCCAACCAACACCACUACCACCCACUCCAACACCUCAACCACCUCUCAGGCUAAGAAAGGAUCCGAGAUCAUCAGGAAAACUGUCAACAUGCCAGCCUUCUGUCCACAGGGUGUAAACCCUCCAUUUCACUCCCAGGCUCCAUGUCAGUCUCCAGGGUCGGAGCGUAAACUCAUUAUAAUGUACGCUCAGGGCGCCAGGGUCCCCUUAAUUUCCCAGGAGGUCCGGGAGAAGCUGGAGUCUCACAUCUGCCGCAAGCAGAGCCAGCGCCUCUGGGGCUUCCCCAAGUUGGUCACCAGGUACGUGGGCGACCUCACGCCCCUGCAGCCCCCCACCUCCUGCAGCAAAGAAGACAGGAAAAUCAUGGGCAACAUGACUGACUGCCAGGCGGUGUUCUCUGGACGAGUUCUCAACACAGAGUUCAGGUUGAAGAACAAGACUACCAAGCCAGCGGGGGAGCCGAAGGCUACUGCAGCUGUAGCUGCAGCAAAGGACAUCUCACCAGCCAUCAGACCUGUGGAGAAGACUACCACCACCAGCACCAUGCUCCAGCCAGCCGAGACCCAUGCUACUAAACCACCCCAGACCAGACCCUCUCUGAACCAGCCCUCCGCUGUGAUGACCUUGACCCCGGAGGGACAAUGGCUGGAGAAGAAGGUGAGGAGUAAGUGUAUGGAGGUAAAGCUCAAACACUUCCCUGGCAUGGUGGCCCAGUCACACCACUCCACCCUUGCCUGGGCAACCAGCCAGCCCACCAGGAAGCCCACCCAGGUGGCAGAAGCCUCCACUGUUGUUCGGAAACGCCCAGCCCCACUCAGACAGAGGGAUAAGGUAUCAUUCAUGGACCAGGGGGAGAUAAGGCACCUUGCGGACAACCUGAUCAUGAAACACAUGGAGCAUCUUCAGAGGCAGGGAGUGACAACCCCUUCGACCCCCUUGGCCCACACCCAGGGAGUGACAACCGCCUCGGCCCCCUUGGCCCACACCCAGGGAGUGACAACCGCCUCGGCCCCCUUGCAAAGCUCUCACAGCCUGGCUCUAAAGACCUCGACCGGCACCGCCACUGUCUCACAUCCCCACCCUGCCCUCAUUAAACAGCUGGUGCUGGGGAGAGCAAGUGCUGGUGCUGGGGAGAGCAAGACACCGCAGGCUCCACAGCGGUACAAUGUGAAGCCUAGCUCAGCCACAGUCAAGGUGGGAAGACGCUGCAGCAUCAUCCAGCACUGAGGUCCAGAGGGCUCCUGCUGCCUCCUUUGAUUAGGCCUCCUCUCAUUUCCUGCAUAUGGUAGCUAAAGAUGUAUCCAGAAGUGAAUAGUAUGUAUUCUUUCUACCAAAUACAUUGUUUUGCAUUUCA